AUGGAGAGGGGUCACGCAGGCCUGGGGCCGCGUGAUGGCUUGGCACCUGAGGAGGAGCUCGAACCCCCGGGCCCUGCCUGGAGCGGCGACAGCGGGAAUGUCUCACGGAGUCACAAUAGUGCCUCCGGGCUCUGGGAAGAGGAGGACCAGGAGGCAGCGUUGGCAGAGGAAGAGGAGGAUGGCGAGCGGGGCGUGCGGCGGAGGUUGAGCUGGGGCAGGGAAGUCGCCACUGAAGCUGCUGGCUUGGACCUGUCUCUACUCCGUCGCAUGGCCGCUGGCUACGCCGGCUACCUGCUGCCUGCGGCGGGGGAGGGAGGCGGCCCCGAGAUGGAAGCUUUAGACAAGAGUCUUGAAGACCUACUAACUAGAGUUGAUGAAUUUGUUGGGAUGCUAGAUAUGAUUCGAAGUGACUCCUCACAAGUAGUUAAUGAAAGUGUACCCCAUAUUCAUACCAAAGCCACUGAAAUGAGUGAGAUAUAUAGAAAAAUUGACAAAUUAGAGGCCUUUGUUAAAAUGAUUGGAAGUCAUGUAACCAGAAUGGAGGAGCAGGUGACAAAAACUGAAGCAGAACUUGGGACAUUCCCCAACACAUUAAAGAAAUUUUUGCACACAAUUAAUGUGCCAUCCUUUCUUAAUAAGUCAUAUUCCACAAAACAACAACAAACCGUCUAUGAACCUCCUAUCUUUUUUAGGACAGAAGACUAUUUUCCUUGUUGCAAAGAAGGACCUCAGGCAUGA